AUGCCCUCCACACCCACAACCAUCUUCAUGAUCAUCUUUUGCCUGAUGUCAUUGGCUUCUAUGUUACAGAAUGGCUUCGUAAUCACUGUGCUGGGCAGAGAGUGGAUGCGGAACCGGGCCUUGCCAGCAGCUGACAUGUUUGUGGCCUCUCUUGCUUUUUCCCGGUUCUGCCUACAUGGGAUAUCCACCCUGACCAAUCUCUUGGCCUCCUUUGGUUUCUGUUACCAAGCAAACAUUCUUGGCAUCCUCUGGGACUUCACCAACACUCUCAUUUUGUGGCUUACUGCCUGGCUUGCCGUCUUCUACUGUGUGAAGAUCUCCUCCUUCUCCCACCCUACCCUCUUUUGGCUCAAGUGGAGGAUCUCUCGGUUAGUUCCCAGGCUGCUGCUGGGCUCUCUCAUCAUGGGGGGCCUGUCAGGCAUUAUAUCAGCCACUGGGAACAUCAUUGCUGUCCAGAUGAUCAUCUCCCAGGGUUCCCUUGGGAACUGCACUCUUGGCCACACGACACUGGAUUUCUUUCGGUACACUUACCUGUCACAUGCAGUGCUCAUGUGGUUCACUCCUUUCUUCCUGUUCCUAGUGUCCUUUAUCUUGCUUAUGUUCUCACUGUACCGGCACGUGGGGAAGAUGAGGGACCAUUGGCCUGAGCCUGGUGAUUUCCGGACUCAGGCUCAUACCAUGGCUCUAAAAUCCAUUACCUUCUUCUUCAUCUUCUAUAUAUUAUUUUUCCUGUCUCUGAUAAGUUUUACUACAAAAGCCCAAACCUUGCAGAAUCAGUGGCUUUGGCCGAGAGAAGUCAUUAUCUACGUGGGCAUCUCUUUGAACUCCAUCAUCCUGAUGCUUAGCAACCCCAAGCUGAGAAAGAGCCUGAAGAUGAUUUUAAAGCAUCCGUGCUGCGCUAAGCUUUGA